AUGACUGCUGACAGUGUUGUGUAUUCUGAAGGCUCAUUGCAUGGGUUACCCAGCUUUCCGGAUGAGUCGAAGCUCACAAAUUUGACUGCGCUGGUGACUGGAGCAAACGGAAUCUCAGGAUACCAUCUGGUCCGUGUUCUGGCUGCUAAUCCAAAACGAUGGAGCCAAAUAUACUGCCUAUCUAGACGAUCUCCGCCUGAUAAUUUCUUCGAGGAUUUGGGCGAGGGCGCGACACGAGUCAAACAUAUUCCAGUCGACUUUCUUUCUGAGCCAGCGCAGAUUGCAGAGCGACUGAAAGAAAACGUACAGAAAAUGUCAACAGGAGCUAAAAACUAUGGCUUUCACAUGGGCCCAGCCACUAACCCUUCGUUUGAGUCCGAUCCAAGAGUUAAACUGGAAGAUAAUUUCUAUUAUCCACAGGAAGAUGCCUUGGCGAAGUAUUGCGAGGAGACUGGCGCUGCAUGGAAUGUAGUCCGCCCGUCAUAUAUUAUCGGCGCUGUCCGUGAUGGUGCUUUGAACUUUAUGAUUGGGCUCGCUAUCUACGGGGCGAUUCAGAGCUAUUUGAAAAAGCCUCUGGAUUUUCCUGGCGACUAUGCUGCUUGGGAUCGCGAAUUUUGUCAAAGCACUGCCUUACUAAAUGCCCACUUCGAAGAAUGGGCCGUCUUGACUGACAAGGCAGCCAACGAGGCAUUCAAUAUACAGGACGGACAGUCAUUUACCUGGGGGCGCUUCUGGCCAUACCUUGCUAGUUGGUUCGGCAUUCCAUGGAAUCCCCCCCGAGGCAGAUUCUUCAAAAUUCAGGGUGACUACAUGUCGACAUGUGGAUACUCCCAGAGGUGGUCUGGAAAGACAGAAGUUCAACAGGCAUGGAUAAGGUUGUCAGAAGAUUAUGGACUUGUCCUAGAUCCAUUUGAUGAGCAAAAGCGUGCUCAAAUCUUUGGAAUGUCGGAUUCGGCUCUUCUCGGGGACUGGCCGCUUUCAUUGAGCAUGCGAAAGGCUAGAAAACUGGGAUUCUUCGGAACUGCAGAUUCAUUUGAAACUGCCUUUGAGGCAAUACAGGAUUUGGCACGACUGAAGCUGGUGAUACCAACUGUUAUGAAGGAAUAUAGUGAGUAA